AUGGAGGCGGAGGUGGAGAAAGAGGUGGAUGUGAAGGUGGAGCUGGAGCUGGAGGCGAAGGUAGAGGCGGAGGUGAAGACAUUUUCACUGCAGAAUUGUGACAUUAUGGUGGAAAUAGAGAAGGAGAGGGACAUGUGUCUGGCUCACAUUGAAAACAAAACCACAGGUUGCAGUGGGAUGUGGGACAGGAUUGCUUGCUGGCCCAGUGCCAGUGUGGGAGACGUGGUCACUAUCCCUUGCCCCAAAUACUUUUUCUACGUCACCGGCCAGUUCCAAAUGGGUAACCUGUCAAAGACCUGCAGUGGGGAUGGCUGGUCCAAGAACAAUCCUGUUUCCUACAUGCUGGACUGUGGGUACAAUCCCAAUAGCACCACAGAUGAUGAGGCGGGACAGAUCUAUGUUGCAAUCAAAGUGGGUUACACCAUCGGCCACAGUGUCUCCCUCAUUUCCCUGACCAUUGCUAUCAUCAUACUGUGUCUCUUUAGAAAGUUGCAGUGUACAAGGAACCACAUCCACAUGAAUUUGUUCUUGUCUUUUAUACUGAAAGCCAUCGCUGUGUUUAUGAAGGAUGUAGUCCUCUAUGAAGUUGGGGAGAUUGACAACUGCCACUCCUCUGUGGGGUGCAAGGCAGUGGUGGUCUUCUUCCAGUAUGGGGUCAUGGCCAGUUACUUUUGGCUUCUGGUGGAGGGCAUUUACCUCCACGCUUUGCUUGCUGUCUCCUUCUUCUCUGAGAAGAAGUACUUCUGGUGGUGCAUCCUGAUUGGUUGGGGGGCUCCCUCCAUCUUUAUUAUGGCAUGGGUGAUCACAAAGGUUUACGUCGAUUCUCCGGGGUGCUGGGACACGAUUGAAGACAACCCAUGGUGGAUCAUCAAGACAGCUGUUUUAACCACCAUCCUGGUUAACUUCUUACUCUUCAUUCGUAUAAUCCGGAUCCUGCAACAGAAGAUGAACUGCCCGGACAUAGGGAGGAAGGAGUCCAAUCAAUACUCGAGACUGGCAAAGUCAAUGCUACUGUUGAUACCCCUCUUUGGGAUAAACUAUAUCAUUUUUGCCUUUAUCCCAGAUCACAUCAACCUACAAGUGAGAUUGGUCUUUGAUCUGAUUCUAGGGUCAUUUCAGGGUUUUGUCGUGGCAGUCUUGUACUGUUUUCUGAACGGGGAGGUGCAAGCGGAGAUUAAACGUAAGUGGCGCAGGUGGAUGUUACAGAGGUUCCUGGGCGCCGACACUAAGUACCACCAGCCCUCCACAGGUAGCAACGGCAACAACUUCAGCACCCAAAUCACCAUGUUGACCAAAUGUAGUCCCACUACACGCCGGGCAUCUGCUUGUCAAGAACGCUUCACCGCCAUCUGAAAUCCCCCUGAAAUGCUCGACUCAUGCAGGCUAGAUUCAUCAUCUCUCUCUCUGGAAAGCCUAAUGUAUGUUUCUGUUCUAUUCUCACUGCUUCCAUUUGCAUUGAAUCGUAACUCUUUGUUUCAAUAACUAGUCAGCAAACACUUUCUGGCUUAGCCAGAUGAUGCAAACGAAUCUACAGGAUAAAAUUCGCUCGGUCCUUAAAGUUUUAAACCACCACAGAAAGCUGUUGGAAAGGAAACGCGACUCUUGGUCAACAUUUUCCAUCUCAUGCAAGGGAGUAGAUGGAUAGAGCCUCCAGGAAGUGGCAUCCUAUUAAAUACAAUAUGUUUAUUACAAGGUUGUUGUUAAAUGAGAAAGUUCAAAGCACUUAACCCGAUGGCCGAC